AGCGCCCGGGUUUAAAAUACGGCUGCAAUUGGUGACUGGCGGCUAGUUGAGUUUGUGGUUCGGUAUCGAUCUGCCGCACGUUCGUCGCUGCAGAAUGAAGUUCGCCAAAGUGCUCGGUGUAGUGUGUGUGGUGGCGUUGGCUCUGGCCAAUGCGGCACCGGUGGAAGUGCAAGAGAAAGAGUUGCGACCGGCGGAAGCUGUGGAUGGGACGGCGGCUCAGACCGAUGAGGUGGUGGCCGUCGCGGCGGAGGUGACCCAGGACGCGGCCGUUGAGGAAGCGGUGGACCAGGGCAACCAAGUGAGCAGCUUCGCGCCGGAGGAUGCGGCCGACGGUGAGGCGGACGAAGGCGAUGAUGGCGUGACGCGGACGGUUUGCGACCAGGACCAGGAUGCGGCGAGCAGUGACAGUGAGGUGGCGUUCGAGCGAUCGUACGGUGGGCACGGGGGCCAUCACGGUGGUCACGAGUACGGGCAUCACGAGGCGAAGGGGCACGGACACGGUCACGGAGGGCACAUGGAGCACGGCGGGUAUGGCGGCCAUGGAGGAGACCACAAGGGUUACGGAGGCCACGAGCAUAAGGGAUACGGACAUGGCGGAGGCCACAAGGAGCACAAGGGUUAUGGAGGCCACGAGCACAAGGGAUACGGACAUGGAGGUGGCCACAUGGAGCACAAGGGUUACGGAGGCCAUGAGCAUAAGGGAUACGGACAUGGUGGACACAUGGAACACAAGGGCUACGGAGGCCAUGAGCAUAAGGGAUACGGACAUGGUGGAGGUCACGAGCACAAGGGUUACGGAGGCCAUGAGCAUAAGGGAUACGGACAUGGUGGACACAUGGAGCACAAGGGUUAUGGAGGCCACGAGCAUAAGGGAUACGGACACGAGCAUAAGGGCUAUGGAGGCCACGAACAUAAGGGAUACGGUGGACACGAGCACAAGGGUUACGGAGGCCAUGAGCAUAAGGGAUACGGACACGGAGGGCACAUGGAACACAAGGGUUACGGAGGUCAUGAGCAUAAGGGAUACGGUGGACACGAGCAUAAGGGAUACGGCGGCCAUGAACACAAGGGUUACGGACAUGGAGGUGGCCACGAGCACAAGGGAUACGGACAUGGAGGUGGCCACGAGCACAAGGCUUACGGACAUGGCGGUCAUAUGGAGCACAAGGGAUACGGUGGCCACGAGCACAAGGCCUACGGUCAUGAAGCGCACGGACAUGGUGGACACGGUGGACACGGCGGACACGGCGGACAUGGCUACGGACACGAGGCCCACGGUGCCCACGGUGGGUACGAGCACAAGAAGAUGCACUACCGGUCCGCCAGCUACACGGCUCCCGCCGCUCAUCACGAACCGGCCCACGGUGGGUACGGUGGUCAUGCAGCCCCAGUGAAGUGCGGAUCCAACCUGCUGGUCGGCUGUGCCCCGACCGUCGCGAAGGUUCCCUGCCAGCCAGUGCACGACCAUGGCUACGGUGGACACCAUGCUGCGUCGGAGCUGUCGUUCCGCUUUGCCGCGCCGGAGCCCGAGCCGAAGGAGGAGCAGAAGGAAGAAUAAGUGAUAGUUGCUUCCAAUAAACUUACCGCAAUGAUAAAUUUUAA